AUGUUCGACCGUGGCAGACCCAAGGACUCGGGGCCGUCGUCUCCUGACAAGAAGACGGCUCCCUCCCAGGGCAGCCACAUGAACAGUGAGCAGUUCGGAACCCCACCCCCCUUGGCCGAGCCAUCUCCAGCUCUUUCGCAAUCCUACUCGCCUCCCAAGAUUGACCACCGGGACUUCUCUUCCAGACCCAGCCUUGCGCCCAGUGUGUCCUCCAGAUACUCGACCACGAGCGGGCAGGGCCGGGACUACUAUCCUGACAAGCCAGUAGCUCCUCUGAAGCCUGGGCAGGUCGUACCCAGUGCCACCUACAUCGAGAGGGGCCAGAGAUGGAUGGAGAAAGAGGAGGCCGUGUCGCUCAGGCAGGCCAUGGUGGACAAGGAUGCUAGGGACAGCCCUCCGCCAACCUCGCCAACCUCGGAUGAUGGCCGACUCUACGAAGCUGCUUUGAACGAGGCUUCAGAGCUCGUGUGGCAACACCAGCACGGUGUCAAGCCACCAGAGCCCGGAACGCCAUACCGAUACAAGCCACACAUGCGCAGGAACAGCUAUGCACACGCCCGCACGGCGAGUGCUGGCAUGUACGGUGACGAGAUCGAACCGAGCGGCCUCGCACGGGACCAUUGCUCACGAUCUAUGUCAGGCAGUUCUACCUCCAGCGACGGCUUUGGCACGUCUCGCAGUCGUCUAUCCUAUGCGUCUAUGAGUGGACCCCGGAAGAGCCCCAGCCCCCCUGCGCAGUCACGUUCUGCAUCGCCACCCAAGGUGUCGAAGCCAUACACGGGUUUGUCUAGCAGCACCUCACGCGGUUCCCUCGCUCAACGAAGGCGCAGUAGCACAAAGCGGAGUAGCAGUGGUGGCAGGCCUUUCUCAGGUGAUCAGAUCUGGGAAGAACCUGAAGGUUCUUCAGGCAUGAGAACCUCAUCGCCAAACAAGGACCAACCUGCCACUACCGAGGCCCUACGGACGAAGCCCAAGGGCCCACUCAACCGAGUCUCGUUCGCUCCAGAGAGGCCAUCUUCGUCUGACUCCCAGUCACAGCCUGCCCCCAAGCUGCACAAGUUCGAGAUCUACCGCAACCCACCGUCGCAGUCUCGGGACCCGCAGUACACUUCCAACUCGCCGGCUCAGAGUCCCGCUCGUGAAGAUGUGCCGAAGAAGCAUGGUGUUGAGCUUAGAAGUGAGGAUAUUCGUCAGGCAACCUCUAUGAGGCUGAAGGAUCGCAGUCCCAAACUCCCCACCCCGACUGCUGUGAGCGACCGUCUGGGACGACCCAUCGUAAGCUUUGACAAAAACUGGAAGGCUCCGGACGAGGCAACUGAUGAGAAGCCAGACACCACAAAAGGUCGUCCGCUCGGGGCCUUCCAGGCCCGACAAGACCACCGCCGCCUCCCAGAAACCCCGCCGAUCCCUUCUGUCGCUAUUGCGGAGACUCGCGAGCCGCCGGCGCCCCCGAAGCCACGCGGUCGCCCCUUACCCUCUAUCCAGGUAGACGGGUCCGGGGCAAAGCCAAGCCCACCGAUCCCCAGCAUUGCCGUAAACGAUGCCAAGCCGUCGAUCCCAAGCAUCGCUGUCAACGACGGAACACCGGCAGUACCAUCUAUUGUGCUUCCUGGCGAUGACAACGGUGACGACAACAGCCCCAGCGUUCCUAUCAUCGUGACCCCUGACGACCCCACCAGCAAGCCCACCAGCCGUCCACUCCCAACCCCACAAAAGAAUGCCCCACGAAUCCGCCCUGGUGGAAGACCGCAAAGUCACUGGUCUCCGUCCCCCACGAGUCAAGCUGGACAUCGGGCUACGGCCCGCUGUCACGAGUGCAACUACCCUAUCGAGGGGCGUUUCGUUGCCCUCGCGGGCACCAAUGAGCGGUUCCAUCCGCAGUGCUUCACCUGCUAUUCAUGCGGCACCUCGCUGGAGGCCCUGGAGAUCAGCCCUGAACCGGAUGCCAACCGUGCCGCCCGACUGGAUCGCAUCCGCCGUCGUGCUGCAGGAGAGGCCCUCGAGGAGAAGCCUGGUGAGACAAUGGCCGAGGACGGUGAUGAGCGCCUCCGGUUCUAUUGUCAUCUCGAUUGGCAUGAGCUGUUCGCCCCUCGCUGCAAGCACUGCAAGACCCCCAUCCUUGGCGAACACAUCGUUGCACUCGGCGAGCAUUGGCACUAUGGGCACUUCUUCUGUGCCGAGUGUGGCGACCCUUUUGAGCAAGGGAUGACACACAUCGAGAAGGACGGCUAUGCUUGGUGCAUCAAUUGCCAGACAAAGCGCACCGAGCGGCGAGCUCCCAAGUGCAGGAAGUGCAGCAAAGCGGUCAUUGGGCAGUAUAUCCGGGCUUUGGGCGGGGAGUGGCACGACGAGUGUUUCCGGUGUGCAACAUGCCAGAGUGGCUUUGACGAUGGGCAGAUCUUCCCCAAGGACAUCGGGAACGACAUGAUGCUGGUGCUCUGUACGAAGUGCCGUCAGAGGGAGCUCAAGGGCUAG